UAGACAAAUCUCGUGGGUCGAGUGUUGAGAACUUCACUCCCUUCACUCUGCGCUCUGAAAGAAAAGAAAAAUGGCGUCCCUUGCGCGUGUUCGUUUCCUCGCGCGAAAUACCGGUAUUUUAAGGUGUCUAGCCAGUCGACCGAUCCUUCAAAGGCCACCGACAGCCAAUGCUGCGAAUCCGAGACAGUUUCAUGUUCUUCAGGGCUUUGUGGACCCACGGGUCAAGCAAGUGCGCCACUACAGCGCCAGGGAACCACUUACGCUCGAUCUUAUCACCCAACGAGUGCUCUUGGUGCUCAAACUCUAUGACAAAAUUGAUCCCGCGAAGUUGACCCUCGAUACUCAUUUUAUCAACGACCUUGGAUUGGACUCGUUAGAUCAUGUAGAAAUCAUCAUGGCCAUUGAAGAUGAGUUUGGCUUUGAAAUCCCAGAUAUGGAUGCUGAGAAACUCAACAGACCUUCAGAGAUAAUACGUUACAUCGGGGAUAAGGAAGACAUCUACGAAUAGCAUCCUCCUCAUCCCUUAUAAUAAAUUAAUUAGUUAACAUCUAUUUCCUAAUGGAAACGUCAGAUUAUCACGAAUUACGUUAAAGCUACUUUACAUAGCUAGUAGCUUCGUACAUUUUACGUUUCUCCUGUAUAUAGACACAGUCUAUUAUUUGUGUAUAAUCGGUCUCAUUGUACGUUGUACGAAUAAAAUACGCCACAGAUUAUUAGAUCAAA